UUAUUGACGACUUGUCGAAAAAUUCUGAGCUGUGGAUAUUUUAUUGUUAUAUGUAUUUGAAUUUUUGAAUAUUCAAUUAAUUUUUCUUAUUUUAUGUCAUGUUACUUAACAAAGGAAUCAUAAUUCAAAGAAAUACCUGAAGUGCAACCGAUAGAAGGCAGUCCUGUGUCAUUUUUCGAUCUUGAUCUAAUUCCGUUCGUUGCUAUUUCUGUAUUUUGCUGUCCUCUUACGUCAAUAACUUCGUAAUUUCAGUUCGAGUGUGUUUUUGUUAGUGUUAGGUUGUGUGGUGUGUCUUGUUUAUUUGAACGUUUUAAAAUUUCAUAAUGACUGAGCGAUACCAUCGAUCGAGUGUAGUGAGUGAUUCCUACAUGAAUCCAACGAAAAUGGAAAACGAUUUCACUCCUAAGAAAACGAUGAUCAUCAUGGUGAUAGUGGUAGCAUGCUUUGCAGUGUUAUGGCCCAAGAUAUUUUAUCCGAUGCUUGUUGGCUCAGCAAACCAACAAAUAAAACCUAGUGCCAUCGACAAGACAACAGGUUGCUGCUACGUCCUAUCCGAAACCGAUGUAGACACCAUCAAAAUAAUGUCGGAACUCUGUGGAGAAAUCAUAAGACAACAGGUGGGGGUCACAGCACCCCUUACCGGUCGGCAGAUAAUAAACAUCUGCCAGGAUGAAGUAUACAGGACUUGUGGCAUAGACGUGUCCAUGGUCCUGCAGGAGCAGGUCCGUCUAGGACACACAACCAAGCAGAUUUUGGACGAGAUCCGAUCUCUGAACGGCUCUCUCUGCCUCAAGUAUAAUUUUGGAGUGCAACCUUGGCGCUUGGGAGUUCCCCAUAUGGUCACCCUUAGGAAUGUGUCUGACAGUGUUCGUCAAGAGAGAUCUCCCUUAGUGCGGUCUGAGAUGAUCCAUCCAGCUUUCAGAGAAAGAGGAAGGGCAAUACCUCAGGCAAAGCCUACUCGUCCACAUCCGAAAAUAAUCGACGGAACGCCAGGUCCACUUCCUGGUAUGCGACCUACCAUGGGAGGCCCUGGGCACAUGGUCCCUCCUUCUAAGCAGCAGGGGAGCGGAAGCAUGGGAAUUAUAAUGCCGAUUUACACCAUAGGAAUCGUUAUUUUCUUUACUUACACACUUAUGAAAAUAAUCUGCAAAAAGCAUCCAGAAACUGAUACAAUCUAUAGCAAGAUGGAUCUAGAUCCUCGUUUCCGGAAGGAAAUGUUGACUGAGAACGGUUCUAGGGGUUCCAGGGACGCUGGUUCCUGUAAGCUCGGAUGGAAAGAAAGAGAUACAAGGGAUGUGGAGCUGGAUCAGCUGCGUCGACGUCUGCAAGAGACCGAGUUGGCUAUGGAAAGGGUGGUGGCCCAAAUGGCCAAAGUGCCCCUUAAGUUACAGGAGGAAUGCUUGAACAGCGCCAAUCUUUCCAACGGAAGUGUGAAGAAAGAUGAGAAACCUUCGGUUAAGAUAAUGGCAAUGGAAACCAGCGAGAGCUGCGAAGAUGGGAAAAAAUGGCAGUCCGCCAAUUCUUCCGUUCUUCCUUCUGUCCCUCAGCCAGUGAUAGAAAAAGUAGAUCCUCCCAAGGAAAUCUACCUGGAUAGAACUCUGCCGGCACAAUCUCAAAUUUUGGUGGCAGACUCCGCCACGGAAACGGAGAAAAACGCAUCGAACGACGACACCGCUGUGGUGUUGGCUGGUAAAAUGACGCUAUCGCUGAUAAGUCUCGAAAAUGAAGAACUCGAAGUCGGGGAUAUUUUGAACGUUCAAAGUAACGAAACUAAAGAAGCAAUCGAGGAUAACAAACCAAUCCUCGAAGAAGAAAUCAACCACAUCAUCGAAGAAGCAAUUGAAUGUAUAGAUAGUAGUAGCGCCAAGACAGAAAUUGUGCCAAAACAAGAAGUAGAGAUGGCUUCAUAUAAAACGGUUGCUAACGAUAUAAAUAUCGUCGAAAAAGAUGAACCAGAAGAACUAAUAUUGGAAAUUAUUGAAAAGGAGACUGAAGAAACGAAGAAAGAAGAGAAAAGUGUGCCAAAAAAAGAACAAGAAGUAAAAAUCGAGUCGGGAGAAAACGUAGAUUCGCUUGAAUCCAAAAGAACUGAAGCUGCUCCUGAUCUUGUUGAAAAGCAUCGAACAACAUCGGAAGUACCAUCUUCUAGAACUGGUAAACCUUUGUUGAAUACGAAUGCAAAAUCCUCGAGUGAAGACAGCGGUAGUUCUAUCUUGUCUGGUUCCAACCAAGGCUCUGUUAUUAACGUUCGUACCAGAUCUUUCGAAGACGAUGAUAAAGAGGAGGAAGAAGAAGAGAUUUCUGAGGAAGAGUCUGAUGUUGAGUACGAAGAGGAAGAGAUAGAAGUGUCGGAAGAGGAAGAAAAUGGAGGCCUGGAGGUGCAAAGAGAAAGGCAUAGCAUCCAACCGGGUGAAAUACAAAAUCAGAAUGGGGGCGCAGAAUUAUUAAAUGGGGUCCUUACACAUAACGCUGAUCCUGAGGGUGAAGAGAGCGAGGAAGAAGAGGUAAUAGAAGAAAUCAUUGAAGAGUAUUCGGAUGAUGAGGAGAAUUUGGAAUUAAAUUCCAAUUAAUUGCAGUUUGAAUCCACAGACACAUUCAAUACGAGAAAAAAUGGUUGGAUUCAUCACUGAUAAACAUAAUUAUAUCUAGGUCAUUUGUGCAAUAUAUAAAGUUAACCAUGACUGCAAUUUGCCAUAUUUAUCUUCAUAUAGGAGCAUAUAUUUCCCAAAGUACAUUAUAAACCUGAAAAACUAGACCGUUUGUGCAAUAAUCAAUAUAACACUUAUGUUCUGAAUGAAAGUAUCGUUUGUUGAUCUUUGGAGAAUAAACUCUAUCCCCACAAUA